AUGGGGCCGCGGACAAACAGCGACAUUCCGCGCAUUCCUGCGCGCCGCGCCGCCCGCCCGCCCCGCCCCGCGUGGCUGCCGCCGCCGCCGCCCCGGAGCGGCCCUGACCCCUGGCUCCGCAUUCCUCCGCCCGCCCCCCCCGGCCCGAGGCACCCCCGCGCCUCUUUUUCCCUUUUUAUUUUUUUCGUGUUCGCCUCGCACGAGCCGCGUCCGGGGCCGUGCCGGGCCGUGCUGGAGGCACGCGGGCCGGGGCCGGUUGCUAGGGGCGGCCCGGGGAAUGCUCCGCCGCCUUCCCCUCCCCUCGCGCCCGGCCGCGGUGCUCCGGGAGGGGUGGGGGCACGGCGGUGUCGGCCCCCAGCGCGGGCUGCCCGCGGGCCGGCCGUACGGCGAGCGUUUUGCGCGACCAAAAAAGAUGCUCUCUAUGAAUAGAGAGAGUGCCUAUUUACUCUGAAAUACUUGGCACGGCGAGUGGAGGCUGCAGCGUAGAAGAAGCGGCUGUAAGUCCCCGCUGCCUGCCUGCAGCUGUCAUUCCCUCCAGAACAACCCAGUGCCCUCGUCUUGCCGGGAUCUGUCCCACUAGGACAAGGGAGUGGAUCGGUGUGGCAUUGCGUGCAGCCCGAACCCAAACGCUGCGGUCUGCUUGUGUUCGAGCCCCAAACCUGUGGUUUGGAUUAAAUCAU